UCUUCACAAACGGCAAUUCGUCGCAAAUUGUUCAUCUGGUCGACAACCCUCCAAGCAAUUUAUUUUAGUUUUUGCCAUUGUUUUUCUGGGUUGUGUGUGAAGUUGUUGGGUCUCACUUUGGAGAUGCGUGAAUCAUUCUACUUGGAGCCCUCUCUCAACUAGUUUCUACGAACGGCGACCUCGACAAUGAGUCACCGAACAUCAGGCCUUGAAGCCAUGAAUCUCAGUCCGAAGUGGGUUAUCGGUGACUGAAGCGUCAAAAAGCUUUCAUGUGUUCGCACUCAUGACGCUCGAUCCGGAAAGACCACGACGAGCUUAGAAAUCCACAACGCAGCGAUUUGUGUGAUCGUGUGGACAGGAAAUCAUGAAGGGGGACUGUGCACAUGGAGCAGCAUGACGACGAACAGUGUCGGUUGGAAGCACCAGGCCCACCACAGAGGAAAGAGGACAGCAACUCAUAUCCGUUUGCUGGGGGACGGAUGGCGUUCGCUACGCUCGUGGCGGGCAUCAGCUGGCGGUGACGGGAAGCGCGGGGGAAGGGCCCAAGUUCCAGCGAGGGAUUCAAAGCAUUGGCUCGCGUGCUAAACCUGCUUGGUGUUUAGCUCACAUCGCUCGCUCUCCUCUUUCCUCUGUUUCGCAGUUCUGUGCCCCGUCUGCUCAAUCUUGCGUGUUCUUCAUUUUUGAGCUUCUUGUGAUUGUCUUGAGAUCCCUAGGGAGAGUUUCGUUGCGAAGAUUUGCAGCUUAACGAUAUGUCGGAUGACGAGAUUCAUACCGUUCGAGUGAGUAACGUGUCUCCGAAGGCUACGGAGCACGACAUUCAGGAUUUCUUUUCCUUUUCAGGGGAGAUUCAGUACAUCAAGCUUAUUAAGGAUGGUGCACUGUCGCAGACUGCCUUUGUCACGUUCACGGACGCUCAAGCUCUAGAAACAGCUCUUCUACUUUCCGGAGCCACAGUUGUGGAUCAAGCAGUAACUAUUACCCCUGCGGAUGAGUCGGAGAAACUUGCAAAUAGCGUUGAGGAUGUCCCUUUGGAUGCGAACACUGCUGAGCCCACUAGUGCCUCCGCCAAGCCUGCCAAAAAGAGCGCAGAGGAAUUCAUUAAAAACAUACUGGCGAAAGGAUCCACUCUUGGAAACAACACAGUGUCCAAGGCCAAGGCUUUUGACGAGAAGCACCAGCUUACAGCCAACGCUACACAAUUAGCAGCAAACGCGAAGGCCAAUGUCGUGAAAAUCGACGACAAGAUCGGUAUCACCAAGAAACUGAGCGCGGGCACUGCUGCUAUAAAUCAGCAGGUCAAGGUCGUCGAUGAGAAAUACCAAGUUGCGGAGAAGACUCGAGCUGCUGUCCAAGCAACUGAACAGAAACUCAAUGCGGCAGGCUCAGCUAUUGCGAAGAACAGAUAUGUUCUGACAGGAACAUCAUGGGUAGUUGGUGCCUAUGCCAAGGUUGCCAAAGCAGCUGAGGAGGUGAGUAACAAGACAUUAGAGAAAGUCGCUACCUUGGGUGCAGGCGAGCACAAAUCACCGGCACGACCAAGCGCGGAGCGCGGAAGCUUCCAUUCCUGAUACUGUUUAUUUGAGUUCAAGAGCACCAUCUCCCUUUGAUCCAUCACAAAUAGCGGAUCUUACCAACAAACAGCCGACCGCUACUAUUUGAGGUGUUCUGCUUCACUAACAUUGAAAACUCAAGCUGUUGUAGAACUUUCGGUGGGGCUGCCGAGAGAAUAGGUAGACGCUGAGCGAUGCAAGGCUGUAAAUAUGUGUGACCAAUUCUGUCCAAUUGGCUAUUGCAUUCAACUAUGCUGUUACCAAGAGAAGUAGAAUUAACCACAAUAGUUUACUGUGUAGAAUUGUAAAAGUAAUCCAGGUGGGUAUAUUUGAAAUUCAUUUUGCGUACCGUAAGGAAGAAAGCGAAUGGUAAGAAGGAUAUGAAAGAUUGUUGCAUUUAAUAAACAAACUGCUUGACUGCUUUAUCUAA